CGCAACGAUGGGUAUAAGGAGCACAAUACACAAUUAGAAGUAUAUUGGAAGGAUCAAACAUCGUAUGGAUCCUUCAUGGGCGCAGUCAGCGGACCAAGUCGCCAGCGGGCUGGCGUCCUUGUAUGUUGAGAGCAAUGGAGCAGGCCAGGGACACAAGCUUGCGGGGCAGGGGAACGGCUGGAUGGGCGGCCCUGCCGCCACCAGGGGCCCAACGCCACCUACAACGCCACACUCAAUGAUCCCCAGCGGGCAGAGCCCCAGUGCGCAGCAAGUUGGUUGGGGCGGUCAGACGAUCCCAGACUCGCAAGGGUUCCGGGUGCCCUGGUUCGGACGCAGCCGGGGCAAGGGCGGGCUUCCUCCUGGAGGUAGAGGAAGAAGAGGUCGCGGCGGGUACGAGAGGGGAGGCAGGAGGGGCUUCCGGAGGAACUGGCAUGGUGGCGCUCCAGAUCAGUAUGGGCAGGGAGGCGAGGAGGGCCUCAGCGUGGAGGACAUCGUCAGCAUGUGCCACAGCCUGCCUCAGAGCAAGCCAGUGCCCGAUGCAGCCUACCAGGCGCUGUUCCAUUUCGACUCCAGGGCCACAGCCCUCCUGCUCAAGGACCUGAGCAAGGCCGGCCUUGGCUUCCGCGCGGUGGAGAUAUUCGAAUGGCUGCGCAACCUGGAUGCCAACCACCCCCUAGCUUCCCUCUGCGACGUCUACACCUACACAGCCAUGAUCUCCAUGUGCAUCUACCAGCAGGACGUGGACCGCGCGAUGGACCUGGCGAAGGAGAUGCGGGUGCGCAACAUAGAGCGCAACGUGCACACCUACACGGCGCUCAUGAACGUGUGCAUAAAGUGCGGCAACUGCCCGCUCGCGCUGGACACCUACAACCACAUGCGCCAGGACGGAGCCUGCCCCAACGUCGUCACCUACAACACCCUCAUCGACGUGUAUGGCAAGAUGGGCCUCUGGGAGCAGGGCAUCAAGGUCCUCACCCUCAUGAAGACCGAGGGCGUGGAGCCGGUGCUGCGCACGUACAACACGCUGAUCAUAGCGUGCAACAUGUGCGGGCAGCCGCGCGAGGCCAUGGCAGUCUACAAGCGCAUGCUGGACGAGGGGUACUCGCCCAACGCGACCACCUACAACGCCCUCAUCUCCGCCUACGGCAAGGCCGGCCAGCUCGACAAGGUGAUGGAGGUGUUCCAGGAGAUGGUGCACAAGGGGUGCGAGCGCAGCGUGAUCACCUACAGCAGCCUCAUCAGCGCAUGCGAGAAGGCGGGCCAGUGGGAGCUGGCGCUCGAGCUGUUCAACGAGAUGGCCGGCGAGGGCUGCAUACCCAACACAGUCACUUACAACUCCCUCAUCACCGCCUGCGCCCAGGGCGCGCAGUGGGAGAAGGCGAGCGAGGUGUUUGAGCAGAUGCAGAAGGGGGGUUGCACGCCGGACGUGGUGACAUUCACGGCGCUCAUAUCCUCGUAUGAGAAGGGCGGCCAGUGGCGGCGCGCUCUCGGCGCGUACGAGCAGAUGCGGCUGCAGCGCUGCAAGCCGGACGCCAUCGUGUUCAACGCCAUCAUUGACACCCUCUGGGAGACCGGCGUCAUCUGGGCGCAGCGCAAGGCGCUGGCUCUGUUCCAGCAGGCGGUGGAGGACGGCCACUUCAAGCAGCAGCGCUGGGACACCUCCGGAGCACAGCGAGCAGAGGCGCGCACCCGAUCACGGUUCCCGCUUGCUUUACUGCUGUCUCGCGUGGCGAUGCUGAGCCUGUACUGCUGGCUGCUGGGCAUCAAGCGGCGGCUGCUGGGCGCGGGGCGUGGCUGCCUGCCGCUGCAGCUGGCCAUCGUCACCGACAAGGGCAAGGGCGCCAAGGAGCAGGGCAACCUCGUCGUCAAGGAGGCCGGCGUGCGCGCGGACGGGACUGCGGAUGCGGCGGCGGCAGCGGCGGUUUUGGACGACUACGACAGCAGCAAGGAGAUGGCGGUGGAGAUGCGCUGCCACGACGCAUUCACCGCCAUCCUGCACUUCGAGCGCACCCACUGCCUCGCCCUGCAGGCACGGCCACUCAAAACGCCCCUCACAAUGAACACCCUCACAGAGUUUUCCACCAAGCAUAGUCUGAUGAAACCAAGGGAAUCUGAGACAGCACUGAUGUGUGGGGGAAUUAUUUUGCAGAACAUGGGACUCAUGUACCAGCAGCGGCGGGUGGAGUUGGUGGCGCGCGUGCUGCACUUUGCGGCUCGGCUGGGACUGGCGGAUGACUACGUGAAGGAUGAUCUGCUGGAGCUGCUGGCGGUGGCGUGCCUGGUGAUAGCUGCCAAGCAGGGCGAGCGCUCCUCCCAGCUGCCAUCCAACGCCGACAUUGAACACGUCACCGGGCUGCAGGCUGGGCUGGUGGGGCAGAUGGAGUGGAACGUGCGGCGCGUUCUGGGCAAUGACACGGCGGCCAUCUCAACGCUGCGCUGCCUCAAGCUCUACCUGGAACGCAUGGGCUGCAACUUCCUCGCCCAGGAAACCGUCCAAUCCCUCGCCGGCUCAUCCUUCGCCCUGGUGACGGAGUCGCUGACUGACAUGGCCUUCCUGAACUGCCGCCCAUCGGUCAUCGCGGCAGCCGUCGUCUACGCGGAGCGGCGCGGCCGCGGCAUCAUCCCCUUCUGGCCCUCCAUGCUCGCCAAGCUGUCCGGCUACCAGGACAUGUCCACCCCCGAGCUCUCCGUCGCCAUCAAAGCUGCGCAACGCCUGGCCGCCCGGCUUGCCGCCUCGGCCGGGCCAUCCCCUCCGCGCACCCCCACCGCCCCCGGCGUUUGA